AUGAAAUGCUUUAUUUCUCUAGGAGUUCUCUCGAUUCUACCUUUAUUUAUUCAAAUAUUGUUUUUAACGGCUAAUGUUUUCUGUAUUCCUUCACCACGUCGAGAUUCCUCGUCAUCAUCGAAAUAUAACAUAGUUUCGAGUAAUUUAUGCGAUGAUAGUGUGAAGCAGUAUUCUGGUUACAUUCAAGUUAGUCCGAGUACUCAUACCUUCUUCUGGUUUUUUGAAGCGCGUCACAAUCCCGAGACUGCUCCUUUAACGUUGUGGUUAACGGGCGGUCCUGGUUGUUCAUCCUUGAAUGGAUUAUUUGUAGAAAUUGGUCCAUGUAAAACUCAAAAUAAUGGAACCUCAACCAUCACAAAUCCUAAUAGCUGGACUGAAGUAUCAAAUGUUAUCUUUCUUGAUCAGCCAAUUGGUGUAGGUUUCUCUUACUCUGAUGAUGUGUAUAAUGUUACUUCGUCUGAACAGGCCGCUGCGGAUAUGUAUACAUUUUUACAACUUUUCUUUCAAAGAUUUCCAGAAUAUUCAAAGUUAGAUUUUCAUAUAUUUGGUGAAUCAUAUGGUGGCCGUUUUGAUGUGUCUGUAAAUGAUACAAUCGUUGAUCAAAUGAAUAAGGCAUGGCCAGCAUGCGAAGAAGCAACCAUAAACUGUAAUGAAAAAAAAACAACCAAUUAUUGUCUUCAUGCUGUAGAUGUUUGUGCUGGAUCAAAUACUUCUUAUGCCUCGUACUUUCUAAAUUCUGGAUUAAGCGAAUAUGAUAUUAGAGCUCCGGCUGAAUCGAUGAUAAGUACACUUUCACCAGACUAUGUAAAUUAUAUCACUAAACCCGAUAUUUUACAAGAAAUUGGUGCAAAUAGUAAAAUACAAUAUUUAGUGUGUUCAUCACGAGUUGGUCUGAAUCUUUAUCCUGAAAUGCCUCUUGAUUUUAGUUCUGAGCUCGAAUUUCUGCUCGAGAAUGGUAUCAGAACUUUAAUCUAUCAUGGUGAUGCCGACUGGAUUUGUAACUGGAAAGGAGGUUUGGAAACGGCCCUUAAUCUUAAUUGGAAAUAUAAAUCUGAAUUUUCAUCAGCAGAUAUGAAAGAAUGGUUCGUCGAUGGAACUAGCGUCGGUCAAGUCAAAUGUGCUGAUAUUUUAUCAUUUGUUAAAAUAUAUAAUGCUGGUCAUGAAGCUCCAAGUGAUCAGCCAAGACCUGCAUUAGAUAUGUUUACUAAAUGGUUAUCUAAUAUAAAACUUGAAUAG